UCCCUCCAGGAAGAGUAACAUGGCCAUGAUCAGAUGGGUACUCCGAAGGCUCACUUUCCAUCUGCUCAAGAGGAGAAAUUCAUUGCCGCUGAAACUCGCAGCCAUUGUCUUGGCAGGGCUCUUCUUCUGUGAAUUUCUGAUCUAUUACUUAGUGAUCUGCCGGUGUCACUGGCCUGAGAUGAAAACACCAGCCCGUGGUCACGGAGGAGAUCCUGUGCUGAGGGCCAUGUUUCUGGCUGACACCCACUUGCUCGGGGAAGUGACUGGCCACUGGCUGGACAAACUGCGAAGGGAAUGGCAAAUGGAGAGAGCCUUCCAGACGGCUCUGUGGCUGCUGCAGCCGGAAGUGAUCUUCAUUCUGGGGGACAUCUUUGAUGAAGGGAAGUGGAGCACACCCCAGGCCUGGGCACAUGAUGUGGAGCGGUUUCAUAAAAUGUUCCGACACCCAAGUCAUGUGCAGCUGAAGGUCGUGGCCGGCAACCAUGACAUUGGCUUCCACUACUGGAUGAACAGAUACAAAGUAAGACGAUUUGAGAGAGAUUUGAACUGUGAGAAGCUGUUUUCUUGGAAAGGAAUUAAUUUCGUGAUGGUCAACAGUGUGGCCCUGGAAGGGGAUGGCUGCAGCAUCUGCUCUGAGGCCGAGGAGGAACUGACGGAGAUUUCCCGCCAACUGAAUUGCUCCCGACAGCAGGGACUUGGUGCCAGCCAGUGUGGAGUGGAGGAGCUGCUCCCUGCGUCUGCCCCCAUCCUCCUGCAGCAUUACCCACUGUAUCGGAAAAGUGAUGCUAACUGUUCCGGGGAAGACGCGGCCCCCCCAGAGGAGAAGAGCAUUCCGUUCAAGGAGAAGUACGAUGUGCUUUCUCAGGAGGCGUCCCAGAAGCUGCUGUGGUGGCUCCAGCCACGCCUGGUCCUGAGCGGCCACACGCACAGUGCCUGCGAGGUGCUGCACCCGGGAGGCACCCCCGAGAUCAGCGUCCCGUCUUUCAGUUGGAGGAACAGAAACAACCCCAGUUUCAUCAUGGGCAGCAUCACAGCCGCGGAUUUUGCCCUCGCCAAGUGCUACCUGCCAUUUGAGGAUACGGUCCUGGCCAUCUACUGCGGAGCAGCCGGCCUCCUUGUGCUCCUCGUCUUGAUCCACUUUGAGCUUUUAGCCGCACCUCUUCUUUUCGGUGGGCACCUGUUCAGAAUGCACACGACAUGGUGACAGGGAGGAGGCAAUCCCUGCAUCUGGUCAUUUGCGUUCAAGCCAAAGGAAGCCAACUUCCUCGAGAGCUCACGUUAAGUCGAGUGGACAGUGAACAUCCCGCAUGGGCCUUCUUGGCUCAUGCUGUGGAAAUCCCAGAUCACUGACGCGAGUGGCUGUAGAAUAAACGGUUGUACUAGUCUCAUGCUAGCAAAGUGAAACAUGUACUCUACCACAAAUCCGCUUCCUGUUUUGUUUUUUUAUCAAAGUUGCUUUUGUACAGUUUGUAGAUGCUACUGACACUUAUCACUCGCAUGCACAAGAUAGUCACACAGUCCUUGCUUCCCCGGGAGCGCCCAGACGGCACACGUGAGGCUCAUGUGCAGCCAUCUCCCAGGCAUGGUCCUCACCUGCUGCAGACG